GGCGACCGGCGGGUCCGCGGCGGCGCAGGGCGGGAGGCAGGAGUCAGGAGGCGGAGGAGGAGGAGCAGGAGGAGGCGCGGGAUAAAGGAGCCCUCGCUGCUCCCGCUCGCUCUCCAGCGGGGCUGAGGGAAGCAUCAUGGCCGCGAAGUCGGACGGGCGGCGGAAGAUGAAGAAGGGCGGCGAGGUGGCGUUCACGCCGCUGCAGAACUCCGAGCACUCGGGCUCCGUGCAGGCGCUGGCCCCGGGGCUGCCCGCGGGCGCCGGGCCGGGCGGCGGCAGCGACGACGAUGAAGCGCCCGGGGGCGGGUGCUGCAGCGGCGGCGGCGGCGGGGACGGCUCGGGCGGCGGCUCCCGGUGCUGCUGCUGCUGCUGCAGCGGCGGUAGAGGAGGAGACGGCGGAGGGGGCGGUGGCGGGGGCUCCCGGGGCUCGGGCGGGGGCUCGUCCUCCUUGUGCCUGCGGCUGGGCAGGGAGCAGCGGCGCUACUCUCUGUGGGACUGCCUCUGGAUCCUGGCCGCCCUGGCCGUGUACUUCGCGGACGUGGGCACCGACAUCUGGCUGGCGGUCGACUACUACCUGCGGGGCCAGCGCUGGUGGUUCGGGCUCACCCUGUUCUUCGUGCUGCUGGGCUCCCUCUCCGUGCAGGUCUUCAGCUUCCGCUGGUUCGCGCACGACUUCAGCACCGAGGACAGCGCCGCCGCCGCCGCCGGGCAGUGCCCCGCCGCCGAGAGCAAGCUGCUGGUGAGCAGCGGCUCCGCGGCCGCGGACAUCGACGCCGCUCGCCCCAGCACGCCGCAGAGACAAGCGUCCACCGCCAGCAAGGGCAACGCCACCAACAGCAGCAACAGCAGCAGCAACGCCGCCGGCAGCGGCGCCGCCGGUCCCCGCGCUGGCGGCGGCCGGUCCGCGUCCUGCGCCUUCUGCAUCUGGCUCCUGCAGUCGCUUGUUCACAUCCUGCAGCUGGGGCAGGUCUGGAGGUAUUUUCACACGAUGUACUUGGGUAUCCGGAGUCGACAGAGUGGAGAGAAUGACAGAUGGCGGUUUUAUUGGAAAAUGGUGUAUGAGUAUGCAGAUGUGAGUAUGCUGCAUUUGCUAGCCACCUUUCUGGAAAGUGCACCACAGCUGGUCCUGCAACUCUGUAUUGUUGUACAGACUCGUACACUCCAGGCUCUCCAAGGUCUUACUGCUGCGGCAUCCCUUGUAUCCCUGGCUUGGGCUUUGGCUUCCUACCAAAAGGCCCUCCGUGACUCCCGUGAUGACAAGAAACCCAUCAGUUACAUGGCUGUUAUAAUCCAGUUUUGCUGGCACUUCUUCACGAUUGCAGCAAGGGUCAUUACUUUUGCUCUCUUUGCCUCGGUUUUCCAGCUGUACUUUGGGAUCUUCAUCGUGCUGCACUGGUGCAUCAUGACCUUCUGGAUUGUUCACUGCGAGACAGAGUUUUGCAUCACUAAGUGGGAGGAGAUAGUUUUCGACAUGGUUGUUGGGAUAAUCUAUAUCUUCAGCUGGUUCAAUGUCAAGGAAGGAAGGACACGCUGUAGGCUUUUCAUUUACUAUUUUGUCAUCCUCUUAGAAAACACCGCCUUGAGUGUUCUCUGGUAUCUGUACAAGGCCCCUCCAAUCUCCGAUGCAUUUGCCAUACCAGCACUGUGUGUAGUGUUCAGCAGCUUUUUAACAGGCAUUGUUUUUAUGCUAAUGUACUAUGCCUUCUUUCACCCCAAUGGACCAAGGUUUGGGCAGUCACCAAGCUGUGCUUGUGAGGACCCUGCCGCUGCCUUCACCCUUCCCCCAGAAGUGGCCACGAGCACACUGCGCUCCAUCUCCAACAACCGGAGCGUCACGAGCGAGCGGGAUCAAAAGUUUGCGGAGAGGGAUGGGUGUGUGCCUGUGUUUCAGGUGAGACCCACUGCACCAUCCACACCUUCCUCCCGGCCACCAAGGAUUGAGGAGUCUGUCAUUAAAAUCGAUCUGUUCAGGAACAGGUACCCAGCAUGGGAGAGACACGUGUUGGACAGGAGCCUGAGGAAGGCGAUCUUAGCGUUUGAAUGUUCCCCUGCUCCUCCACGGCUACAGUAUAAAGAUGAUGCCCUUAUUCAGGAGCGCUUGGAAUAUGAAACCACAUUGUAAACAAAGCUUGGAGUGGCUCCAACGUUACAGUUCAAAUGAAGGGUUAACAGUAGGGCUGUAGGAACAGCUAGACUGCAUAUGACAAGUAGAGCAACAGCCUAUAGUGUUCUUAGUCUGGCUAUCAUCAUGAUUAUCAUUUGAUCCACUGUGUGCAGUCUGUCUGCAGGACACUGAUACAGCAGCAUCAUCUGAAAGCCUCAAAAAACCCCUCACCCUGACCCACACAUACAAAUCAGUUACAUCAGCGGGGGGAACUCACCCACCCCCCUUACUGCUAUGAAACUCUGACUGCACAGUACUUACAAUCAAACCAAUAUAAAGGCUCUGACAAGAGCUUUCAGCUUCAGCCAGUAGUGCAUUUUAUUUUAGAAAUGAACAAUUGAUAUUUCCAUAAUCAAUGGCAAAAACAAAAAAAAACCCCACACCUUUUCAAAAAUAACAAACUGUAGCACACAGUGUUGCUGUAAGGAAAAAUGUUUUCUGGGGCAAAAAACAGGAGCUUAGUAGUCUUCAACACUCCCAUAAAUCAACCAUUCCAGUUAGAAUAGGUUUGCAAAAUAGUUCUUAAUUUAAAAGAAACAUCAUCCUGUUUAUAAGGCUGUCAAUGGAAAAUAAACUAAAUUCUGAUUAACUAAGUCAUUAAAAUUAACUCUACCAGAACUGUUUGUUUUCUGUGGAAUUUCAAAGUCUUUUUUAAAUGCAAUUUAACUUCUUGAUAUUAUUUUCAACAGAAAAUCUAUGCAGCUCACUUCUGGUUUUGAGGAGAAAUAAGGAGCUCUAGCACGUAGUGAUAUUCAUUAAAUGAUAAUCAUGAUUCAGUGUUCAAUUUGAAAAAAAAAAUGUAAAAGAACAAGUAUAGUUUUCAUAUUCUAAACUUUUUGGAGGACCCCUUUCAGAUAUUUCAGAAGAAACCACAAGGAGCUGAACACACUGAAACUUCUCUGUUUCAGGACUGAGAAUGCAUGAUUCAGUGUGUGAAUGUAUGCAGGUGUGACAAGAGACUGACAUGCCAUACCCUUCUAGUGCCAAAUAUUGCAUAACUGCAAGGUUGAUAUUGCCUGAGGGACACAACAAGUGGCACAAGCCCUACCAGAAAAAGAAGCAGGAAAGACCAACCAAGCUCUCAGUGUGUAGAGACAGCUCUGAUUUUUCCCACUCAAGGUGAAAGUGAUGUCUUUUAAAGGCUUCCAGCCACCUCUUAGUAAGUAUGUAUAGUAUAAUAAUAUAAACAAGUUAUGUGGAAGAGCCUCUUCUGCCUGUUCAAGACUGGUUUCCAGACAUGUCUAAAAAUUAGAAUCUCUUGUAACAGAGUGCUUUUGAUGCAAGCUUUUGGGUUUUAAAUACCUCCCUAAAUCUAGCUAAAGGUGUUAUACUUUAUGUUAAAAGUAUCCCCUGAUGGUGCUUUCAGAUGCAUUAAAGGUGCAAGUCAAAAUUUGAUAGUAUUUUUUUUAAAGCUGGUGCAGAGUGAAAAACUCAUGGACUAUUUCAAUAUUUUUGUAAAGUAAAAAUAUGGUAUGAAAGGUUACUUUUUAUAAACCUCAAAUCUUUUAAUACAUUUCAUUCUCUUUAUAGCUUAGAUUUUAAGAAUUGGUCCAUGAAUUUUAUCAAAUGGCUUUUACAGGUUGACAUAAACCUGGUUUUCACACAUUAUGGAUUUAUUUUGCAGUGUAAUGCCAUAUGAAAGCCUACAUGGGUACUUUUAGAAUACUCUAUAAACUGUGGAUCCUGCUUCAAAUGUAAGUGGCUUGUAAAAACACCAAGUGAUUCCAUGAGAAAUAAUUUGCUGUAACUAUUUCCAUCCAUUUUAGGAGAGCAAAGCAGAACUGAAGAGUUACUCUUGUAAAUGGCAUUGUCAGGAUGGAGAAGACCUUAUAGUUGGACUGUCAGAUAUAUCCAGUAUAGUCACUGCUGUGUAUGCUGCUGGGUAAAUUUCUGUCUUUCCUAUUACCAAUAUUUGUACUAUGAAAUGGCCAAGGUUACACAAACUAUGUUUAUUUGUAUGCAUUCAAUUAUCAAUUUUUAAUGUUGGCUUUUUUUAUUAGUGAAAUAUACGAUACCUGUUGUUCUUUGCUGGGGCAAAUUCCUCUAAACAAAAACCUUUGGAAGUGUGGGAAUCUGUAAAGCAGAGGGAACUUUACACAGAUCAGAAAAAAUUUAUGCUUCAGGGGUUUCUUAGAUAUUUUCAAAUCAAGCAAUGGCCAAAUGCCUCUACAAAUUUUUUUUAAUAAAACAAAUCUUUGAUAGUCCAAACCUGAAGCUUUUUACAAAGUGAUUACCCUUUCUAUCAUGGAGAUACAGCUGAUUAUUCAGAGAAAAGCACUCAUGUUUUUCAGAAAAUAUACCACUGCGAGAACUGAUAAAAAAAGAUCUUGGAAGCAAGUCCUUUGUCCUGUCAUAUUCAAUAGACCCUUCACUCCAGAAUCCAAUUCCUGUUCACAAGAGGGAAUUGCUGUUUUUCUUCACAAAGAAAGCAAGUGUAAGUGAUGUGAGGGUUUCUUUUGGAGGCAGUUUUAAGUGUUUGCUGCUGCUUUAGCAACUCGGAAAUUGAAGCCUGAGUGAGGCACAGUGGGCAGCCUUCUCAAGCUUCAGACUCCCACCAGCAGCUCCUGGGGAGAGGGGCAGCAUCGCUGCUGUCAGCGAGGCUCUGCCUCUUCUGAUGUUCCUCUCAUCCUCUCACUCUUCCUCAGAGCUGGGAGCCCUUUGGCCAGGCUUACAGAAUUCAAGAAAAGUUGCUUCAUAUGGAAUUUAAAGGGUUAAGGUCUUCACCAGUGCUUGCACUGCAAGGUUUCUGAAGAGGGUUUGGGAUUAAUUUGUUUGAUUUGCUUUUAUUCGGUUUCAGAAGGAAGGACACAGGUGUUAUUUAUCUGUGUGGUUUUUCAUGCCUAGAAUUUUAUUUUCUUAAUCUCACAGCAUUCUUAAUUUUUUAAACUAAUGUUUGCAAAAAUGUUUAUCUUAAGCAUACUACUGCAGGAUGUGAGUUCAGAGUGACAUAUAUAUGUGUUUGUGCAUAUAUAUUUAUAUAUAUGCAGCACUACAUAUAUACACCUUGUCCUCAGAAUUCAAUACAAUGGUUUGAGGCAGGGGUAGAAGUUCUUAUACACUAAGUCAAAAUUUGCUUAAAAAUCUUGCCCUAUCACAUUCAUAACAUCAGUGUUACCUACACUGAGAACAGGGCAGUGACUGAAAUCUAAACACUCUGAUGACUGCAUAGACAGUUUCCUAAUUUGCAUUGCUGUGAGUUGUCACAUUAAGAGCUGUAAGAUUUUUUUAUAGAAAUUGCCAAGAAUAAACAUAGUUCAUGCUGAAAUUCCAUUAUGGCCUUAUGGACAGUUAAUAAUCAAUAUGCACUCUUCUUUUUGCCACAGACAGUUCUAAAAUCAAUAAAGUUCAACUGAGACAGCAAUAGCAAAAAUAAAAAAAAAAAAGGACUUGUAAAAAACAUGAAAUUUUGCUUUUGAAAUAAUGAAAACAUCAGGCCUUUUACAUUUCACAUAAGAAUACAGGAAUAUAAAAAAAUCAUAUUUUCAUAUUUACAUUCUGGCAAAAAAAAGCAAUCACAUCUAUUUACUAGAAAUAAGACUUACAGGAGCAUUGUUCUAAUGAGCCAAUCACACUUAGCAGCAGACUUAAUGGUAAUUUAUCUGGUUAAAAACUUGGUCCUAAAAUUUUGAGAGCUGUGGAUUUGUCUGUUGCAGAAAAGACAAUUCAACUAUUAUCACUAAUUAAAUAAAGGUAAUGUAUACCCAUGUUCAUUUUGAAAACAUGCAAGAAAAUGUAAGAGAAAACUUUUACUUAUUUUGAAAGCUGUUUAUUCUGUUAUGGGAUAAUUUUUCUUUUAAAAAUUCUUUACAAAUAUGUGCAAUACUUUCUUUCCAUGCAUAUUUAAUAAUGAUAAUACUAAUUUCCAAUUUUGUUUAUGUCAAUUUAAAUAUGCUUCUUGUGACAGAACAAUGUUUCUUUGCUUGGGUUAUAUGGACUUGAUGACAUAUAUACAAUAUUCUCAUUGUCAAAUCAACGAAUUUUCUAUUAACUAAUUUUUAGAAAAUUGGAGAAAAUUUUCCUUCCAAAUUUUAAUGCUAGGUCUAAUCUGCCUGAUUUUAAUCAGAGAAGGAAAAUUACAUAUUUAUUGGCAAUUUAAUUUUUAAUACCUGGAGAAUAGCUAUUAAACCUGUAUUAGUUUAAAACAUACAAUGGUCUUUCCAAUACAUCAUUAUGUCCCCAAAAGAGCAAUUCAUAAGUGGUACUAAAAGUAGAAGUGCUGCUUUAUUUGGAAAGGGACUCCCAAUCAUGCAAUAUGUUCAUUUACUUUUUAUUGGCCAGCAAAAUAUUCACAACUGGACUGUUGGGCUUUUUACAACACAAAUUAAACAAGUUUGAAGUGCUUGUGAUUUGAUCGUAUCAUUCCUAAGGAGCCUUAAAAGUGGCACUGUACUGAGUUUUAUUUGGCUCUGCCAGUGAUUCAGCUUCCAAAGCCACUGCCCUUUCUUUGCUCCCUGCCUGAAGCUGUGCAAUCCAGAGUGACUGAGAUGCUGUGAUUUACUCUGUACCCCCUGCACUGCCUGUACAAUGCCAAGGAAAAGACUUCAGCAGAUUUCCUGGGGUCCUACUGCUGCCUCUCUUACUUCUGUGCAUGGUGGGAAGCAGAGCAAAUUGCAUCUGUCCAUCCAUCUAAACAAGCCUGUGUAAGCUAAACCUUUACAAGAUGUGUGUGAUGAAAUUAAUCGCAACUCUUGUCCAUAGAUCUACAAGCCCAACACUGCAAUUACUAAUUCUGCAAUGUAACAACACAGGACAUAGGAAGAAUUAUCUAAAUACACAAUAAGCCAUUUAAUUUCACUACUUGUAGCAAUUAUACUAGCUCACAUAGAGCUCACACUCUCAGCAGAAAGCCAAAUCGAGUAAGUGGCAAACAGCCAUUUGUGUACCAGAGACAUUAAGUUAUAAGAUCCUCACUUGACUGUUUAUAGGACUAUGUCUUUUCAUUAUAGCAAUGAAUCCAUCCCUCUUUAUUCUGGUAAAAGAGAUAAAAUGCAAAAUGAGAACAGAUUCUUUUAAAUCUGGGAAUAAAAAAAAAAAUGACACAACAAAUUACUGUAGUUCCCCUGUAGUUAUUUUUUAAAACACUUUCUGCCAUCAUUUUCACUUGGCUGCAAAUAGCUGAGUGAUCUGCAUCUGAGAUGAUUUCUCACAUCUGGUAGGAGCAGACUUCAUUACAGGAGAGACAGGGAUGAUAUUACCAGGCCUUGUUCAUGCAAAGUUAGGGGAAUGGUGCCACUACGAAGACAUCAUUUACAAAGCUGCUUUAAUACAUGAGGAGUCUCCUGGCACCAUUUAUUUUACCUCAGUGACCUCAGUUCAGGACCUUGGUGAGAUUUUCUUCACUGGUAUGAAUAUACUAAAUCAGGCCCUGGCCUAGAGUGAACUACAGGAAUUUAGACCAUGGUAGUGGAAGUCUUCACCUCUUCACUCCAAACUGAAGUCAGCUGGAGAUUUGCUUAAUGCCAAAAAGCCUGCAUGGCACUUGGCUCAGCCUGAAAUACAUACGCUAAACUUAGUGCUGACUCAGCAUGAAUCAAAGAUUUCUUACUCCUUCCUUUUUAGUUCAAACAUUCAAGAUUAUUCCCGCUUUGACUGAGUUGCUGUUUUGUGAUCCUUUUAAGAAGACUUUGAAAAACGUCUCUGAAACCAGUCAUUUCCAGUGAUUCUUACAAAAGCCAAUUCCUGGCCAGUACAUUCAUUAAAAGGAACCUUUUCUAACUGCGUAAGCUUGGCUCCUGUACUUAAAUUUUGCUCUAAAUGCUUAGCAUUUAAUUCUGACACAGAGGAUCUUAUAUAUCCAUUAGUAAACCCCGUGCCUACUCUAAAUCCUAGGGCAAAGACAACAGAUAUGCAAGAUUCAGGACAAAAGGUCCUCUUCAGCACACUUGGGGGUGAUUUGCAUGAGCCAGAGAAGUCAGAGAGAAGCUUGUGUAUAAUCACAACAGUCUUAUACAUAUAGUUGUUAUAUUCAUUGAGAGAGAUUUAAAGAAAUUAUAAGUGACCAACUAAUAGAAAGAUCAAAUCUCAACUUCUAUAUGCAAGGUGGCGUAAAAUAAAAUCAGCCAAGAAACUUUAAAGUGUAACCAAAAAUCUCCUUUCAAGGAAUGGUUGGAAUAAAUUUUAAAAUGUAACAGAUUUGUCAAUGUAACAAAAUUCAAGAUUCAUAGAAAGAAAGAUAUGAUUUCUAUAAGUUUUCUCUAUCUGUAGGUUUCAGCUUCUUACUUCAGAUAACUCUGGAAACAAUUGCUUCUGGCAUGCUGCAGCUCUAGGAAUGCUAGCAGCUUUUCUACACAAAAUCCGUUCUCCUAUAGGAAAGUCCACAUCCUUUAAAAAAGCAUUGAGUUUGGGGUAGUUUUCCCACUGAACUAAACCUCACAAAAGCAUUUUUUUAGUAUUAAAUAGGUGUGUCCACUCAGCACCUAGCAUGUAAUGGUACUGCAAAACAGAAUUUCACAGAUCAAGGUAAAAAGGCUGCUGGUUGAAUGUCUAGAACAGCCCGCAGAGACACAACACAAUGCCAAGGAAGGCAUAGACUGCGUUUGUGUGCUACAAGUGUGCUCAGGCAAGGCCUGGUCAUAGUCCAGCACUCUCUUCCCCACCUCACGCACCAAAGAGCUCACAAAAGAGAGGAAAGCCAUGUGCAUGGGCUGAAUGAAAGCCACAACACUUGGGACCAGAUACCGGGCACAUUGCAGCACAGGUGCAGAGGCUGGCACAGGCACAUCAGGGGUCUCAAGCUCAUACUAUUCCUCCAAACUGCACUAACUAGGAGCUCCUGAACAUUUUCAAUGCCAGAUAUUCAAGGACCGAAGAUUUGCCUCCUGGGCUUGGUCAGAUACAACUUGGUCUUCACAGCACAAAGUUAGCUCAGCUGUUAUCUCCCACAUAAACCUGCCAGGAUCUUCUGAGCAGGCAUUCUCCUGUCCAUUUUACCUGAAAUAACUGGGUCCUCUGUGGUGCUAUCAGAUGGAGCUUUGCACUGAAAUACUCUUGAGGGCUUUUCCAGCAGUAAAUUGGUGGUAAGCAGAGACCAAGUGGAGAGCCAGAUUCAGUGAUCUCUUCAUCUAGCAACGAUUCAUAUCUUUAGCUGCUAUCUCUCAGGGGAAGGAUAUAGGGCUGCAUGCUGGUGAGGAGAAGGGCAAUGCUCUCUGCCUCAUAUUUUGAGCUGUUCUUCCUCUUUAUGAAAAAUGUAAAUGUGAACAUACAAAUGUAGACAUGUGCAGUGUAGACAUACAUCUAGUAUUUUGACAUGUUCAGUCUCUUUAGUGUUGAGGACACUGAAAUUGCUGAGCACAUUCAACAUCAUUGCCUACACGCAGCCAGAGUAAUGUCUGCAGGAAACAUCUGGGGCAGAAGCAAAAAUCACUUUGCUCACCUUCCAACCUGACCAAAAGCUGUAUGAACAUGGUUAGCACUGUGAAAAAGCCUGAAUCUCUUUACAUGCUGCCUUGAACCAGGUCUAUUAAUGCACUGUGUGCUGUUCUGGGCAAGUUCACAUGGUUUUUCCUUGGAGCUCAGACAGAUUUUGUAUGGACACCAGAGCUGCACUUGUAGCUUAUCUGUAGCUCCCUGAACCCAAGUUUCACUUUGAGAUUCCAGCUACUUUGCCAAACAAAGAUCAGUUUGGGCUAAGCAAAAGGCAAACAGGAUCUGUGCUAUCUAGCAAAGCAUAUGGAGCAGACUUGGUUUCUCUGGACCAUAGCUGUGUGCAAAUUGCCCAGGUUGUGGUGAAUGCAAGACAUUCAGUGUCCACACCACACUAUAACGAAUAUUCUAUGUGAAAGUGUUUGGUUUUAUCAUAGUAAAAAUAGUAGGACCUUAUCACAUUCUUGGGAGCAAAUUUACAAUUUCAAAUGCAUUAUAUAUAUGUGUGUGUGUGUGUGUGUGUGUGUAUACACAUGACAGUGAGUCUUGAGAUUCUAUUAGGAUUCAAUCAUACAGUUCAUUUAAAUCUUAAGCCUAAACAAAAACAAAAACAAAAACAAAAACAAAAACAAAAAAAACAACCACAAAAAAAAAAUCAGGAGCAGUUUCAUCAAGGAUAACCAAGUGGGAACUGUAAAAUAAAAAAUUAUAUUAUUGGAAAAUACAUUCUAGUCAUUAUUGGAAACAGCCUUGUGAUUUAGUGUGCCAGCACUUUAAGAAAAAAUUAUGGAGAAAAUAUGUCUAAUGCUGUACUUCAUAUCUUAAAUAUUUUGGUAAAAGACUCGAGCAGGGAUAAUUGUGUAAAAUAAAAAAGGAUUUAUCACAUUUACUUAAGGAAGAAAACAAUCAUAUAGAAAAAUGGCAAAGGGAUCAAUUAAACUUUUUUUUCAUGUAAUGUAAUGUUGGUUGUAUUUGUUUCACUAUCAGUUAUCAUUGUCAGUAGCUUAUGAAGGAAAUAACAUGCAAUAAUUAGGAUGGUUUACUUGCAUUUUGACUGAAGAAUGCUAAUUGGGUUUGUUAUCCAAUGCAUGCAAUUUCCUGAUGCAAGCUGUUGGAAGGAAAGACUUGCUCUUGCACAGAUUAUAUACCGAAGAUAAAUUUCAAAUGCAUGUAUUUGAAAAUGAUACUCAGUUUAAAUGUAUCAUGCAUAUGCAGUAACUAUUUCUGAAAUUCUGACUACUGAUGCUUUUUCAAUAUGUUCUGCUUUAUUAUGUGUCAAUCCCAGACUGUUUCCCAGAAAAUAUUUGAUGAGAAUUCAUUUUAAAGUUUAUGCAGCUGAGGAAAAGACUACUAGCCAGUGAAGGCACUUGCUUCUCUGAAGUUCAGAUAUAUGUCUAGAGUUCCUGACCUGUGUCACUAUUCACCAUUAAGGACAAUGUUUGAAAAAACAAGUAUGUUUCCGGAGAGACCUGUUAUAUGGUCAUAGAGAUCUGAAAUUGUCAUGAGUGGGUAAGAUAAUGGCAGUAACUACAGAGGAAGAGUUCAAAAGUAGUCACUAAUGACUUUGAGCGUCAUUCCCUGAAUUUCUGCUUUGGGACACACAUUGUCCUCCUGUCAGCCAGCAUCCACGUGUACUGGGAUCACCCCUGGCACCUGCACUGUGGUGUCCACUCUGGCUCAAAGUGCAGGCAGCUUGUUUCCAGCUCCAGUUCUCCCUGGGUUAUUGGACUGGCCCAUGGGACAUAUUUCACUGAGAACACUUAAGCUAUCAGUGAGACUGCCACACCAAUCUGGACAGGAUUUAGCCUAUAGAUAGCACAAUAUGGACAAUGAAAAAUCUUCCUUUGUCAGCAGAGAGGGCAGCUGCCACUAUUUAUAGUCACAAAGUGCCAACAUAUUGCCAUGUAUUUGUGGUUGCUAUUGAUUCCUUCUUUUUCAUUUUAUUGAAACUGCUUAGAACUUGUUGAGCUGCACCUAGGUUGAUUUACAGCUAAUUAAUUCAACAGACAUUUUUAAUCUUGCAAAUGUGUGGCUUGUAAUACAGUAAUCAAGGUCCUAUGAGCAAACAUUAAUCAGUUCAGAAGGAAAAGAAAAAAAACAUUGUUAGCUGUGUUCAGUGAGGUCCCCACAUUGGAAAGAGAGAUCUAGAAGAAAUGCAACAUUAAUAAGUCAUCCUAGCUAAGAUUUCAUCAUUAAUCUUGUGAAACAUCUAUCUAUUUGAUUCAUUUCAUAUAUGCAAGGAGUUGUAUUUUAAAGAGGAUUCAUAGGGUUGAGACAGCUUUAUUUACCAUCAAUGUGAAACUGGCCAAAUUUCCUUCUGCUCAUUGAUACAUCUUAUCAGCAAAAAGCCAUUCUAUCCAGCAGCAGUAUAAUUUCAUUUUUGAGAUGGCUGUACUGAUUGUCCAACUCUUUACCCUGGAGAAAUUACUGUAACAAAAAACAUACUUCCUUUAGGAACAGCAGUAAGAACUGGGUGAAUGAAUGAAGAAAAUACUGGUUUUCACUGCUUUUAACACACAGGUGGAUUUUAGCUACUUUGACAUGAAGCAGAAGGUUAAAAAAAUAAACAAUGCUGCUUACAGAGGCAUCUGAAUAAUGGAAGGCUUGUGAUUAGCAAAGCACUUAAUUUUUUUUCAUCAUCAGAAACAGUGUAGCUUAGUACACUUACAGUUUUAUAAAAAUCGGCAAGAAUGAGUGGGUGGUUUAAUAUUUAACUCUUGUACUUGUAGGAAGACAAUUAUGGCAACAUGAGACUCAGCAAGGGCUCUGGCUUGGGACCCUCCUGAUACAGAAUUUUCAGGCGGGAUGAAGGCACAGACCCCUCCAGUCAGGCUGCACAGGGCACACAUGUUAUUGUGGAAGUGUCUCCCCAAGUGACCUUAGCAGGGAGGCCAAACAUCAAAAAGACAUGAAAGCAAAAGGAUGAUUCCCCUGGUCAAGAUUAAGAGAUAUUUGUGAAACACUGUGGAAAAGCUGCCCCUGCUGUUUCAGUGGAUAAAAGGAGGAACAGCGUCUUUUAACAGCAAAAAAAAAAAAAAAAAAAAAAAAAAACCACCCAAAACUCAAACCAACAAACCUUGAUGCCAAAAUACUAUUUAUAGUGCAAUUACUCUCUCCUCGGGGAAAGACAUUGACUGAGAAAAUUCUUUAUGUGUUACAAACUAACUGAAACACACCAGGAGACAGUGAAAGAUACUUCUUAUAUAUAACUUUGUUGCUCUUGACAGAGCUGUUUAUUAGCAAUAAGAUACAAAAGUGUCUCAAACUAAGGCCUGGGAGACGAGGAUUUUAUGUGGCAGUUAUGCCAGUGAUCAUUAGAUUCAGAAAUGAUAGAUCUUUAUAAUAGAUUAUGGGUAAAAAACCUAAUUACCUUCUUUUUGGAGGAUAAAUCUCAGAUGGCUUCCACAAGAAAUAUAAGGUUUAGAACAGGCUCAAGGCAUGGUAUUUUCUGUAUAUGAAGUAUUAUAGGCUUGGUGUUGCUCGACUGGUUGUGCAUUUUCUCAUGCUCUCAAUUUCUCCCACAGUACGUCCAUGAGCAGAUAGCGGAUUUGAAGGUGCAUGUUCCUUUAUUGCUAACAGUCCUCACAGCCACUUCUUCAUGCACAGCUGAGCAACACACACAUGGGACAGUGUAAAUGUUUAGGGCAGGGAAAAAAAAUGGGGAAAAUGGAGAUCAGUAGAUAUGGCAGAAGCCUUAUAAUUAGGAAAGAGCCCUGAAGCUUUAGAGUAGGUGAGCCUUCAUAGCAUAUGUUCACGCUCAGGUAUUCUGUCACCCAGCUCCUCACGGAAAUUACUGCUGAAAGACUUCCAGUUAUAUUAGAUGUUAUCAUAAAUUCUUGCUUGUUUAGUAGCAGAAACCAUCUCAUCCUGAUUUAAGUAGAAAACACUGUGGAGUUAUCUGCAACCUCAUGCAUGAUCUGUAAGUGUAGGAUAUUACAAUAAAUCUGUUUUAUUCAAAGAUUUACCAGAAAAAUUGGCAAAGUUUAUUAGAUACUGUUCUGAUGUUUUUCCUUGCUUCCAUUUUUUUCUUGCAUGUAUGAGUCUCAUAUGAAAACCUCACCAAUGAGAAAAGGUAAUGCUCAGGUUAUCUAAGAAACUUUCUUUUCUCAUGUCAUAGUACAAAACUCAAAAAUUCCUUUGCAUAACACCUGGCUAUGGGGUAACUUCUAUAAUUAAGAUGAAAAACAGUUUAAAAUGCAAACACUGUAGUAAUUUUCUCAAUUGCAAAGCAGAAAUUUUAUUAAAGACAGCUGUCAUAUCUUGAUUUUACUUCAGGUCAGCUUGUUUUACUUCAUCAUUCCAAAGCCUUGGUAUGUGCCCAUAGCAACCUAAAAAUCGGUAUCUUUUGUUUCUGAGGUAAUUUCUGACUCACAGAACAGCCCAUAAUAGGGAUCAUGUUAAAUUAGCAAACAAGGAUCUGCUAUUCCAGUGCAGUUCUUCUUUACCAGGACUGCAGUUCCUUUAAAUCAAUUCCUGUUGAUUCUCAAGGGCAGAAACUGUCCCCUGUGUAAUUUGUUCUGCUUGAGGGGACAGAUAUUUUACUGUCUCUUCUCUGAGUUCUGUAUUAUUAACAAGGUAAUAUUUAUUCUAACAAAUGAGAAUCACUGUAUGUUCCUGCAGGUGCUAUUCUGUGUAUAAGAAAAUCUCAACAGGGGCAGCCACCUCUGUUGUUCUUCCCUUGCUCACCUGCCUCUUUAAUCAAAUGUUAACUUAACAACUGUUAUUUCACAUGCUGCAGAGCCAAGCAAAACCCACUUUGGCUUCUGGAUUUGACCUGUGGCAUUGGCAAAUGGGAGAUUCAUCUUCUCACUGUAAGCCGAGUACAGGGGAAAUGGCACUCUCUGGGAUGCAAUAAACAUUGUUCAUUAUCAUAUUGGUUUUAUAGCAAUUUUCCAGGGUACAGCUAUGCUUUCAAACUUUGUGCAGCCUCUGUAAUCUUCUUGUAUUAAAAAC